AUGAACAACCUCCUCCAGCACCUAAAGGACGGCAUUUCCAGCAUCGACGACAUCAUCUCCCUCUAUGAGUCCGAGGAUAGUGAACAAAAUAACAACUUCUUCCUUUGCAAACGACAGAAAGCAAAACAACCAGCUGAGGUGCCUAAUGCAGAUUCGCAAUCGGAGUCAGAAAGCUCAGAUUCCGAACCCCCAAACAGCCGCAGACUGAGUACUAAUGAACCAAUGCAGCCCAGAGGCAGUCAAAAUGUGGAAACCCAAAACAGGAAUGCGCCACAACAACGACUAAGUGUAAACCCGCAGCAGGAUAAAGUCGCACAGUCAGAGGAAAAAAGUCCUCCAAGGCUCAAAGCCACUGGCUUUGGAGAUGAGGAAAUCACACCGCAACCACGGAAGCCGGCAAAGAAGCAGUGCCACUGUGGAAGGCAGUUGAGACGCAAAACGGUCUCCGAAAUCUGCCAGCUAACGGCCAUCAAUGCCCAACUGGGAGAAAAGUUCGCCCAGUUACGCACGGAGUACGUCAAACUGACGGCUGACUACUCGCGACUGCAGUAUCGCCAUGAUUUGCUUAAGGUUGCGGCGCUUAAAGGAAGACAGGUUAGUUGAAUAUGCUAUCUUUAAAAGUCGACGUUGGCUAUGCUGUUCAUGUCGAUUAAAACCUGUGCGAGUUUGGCGGUGUGGACCUAAGGUAGGCAAUUCCUGAAUGUUGGAAUAAAUGAGACAAACUUACGGACGGUACUGAAAGGAGGGAAUUCUCGAUAUAGGCCAAUUAUCAAUUAGGAGACCAGUGUAUGUCAUAAUUACCAUCGUGCCAAUUCCUCGAGACUGCCUUAGAUGUUAGAAAUUUCGGCUUGGUUUACAGCACGUCCGCUAGAGAGUACACGGCUGGUCGUGUUAGUCGCUAAUUACAAAAACAAAUUUAACAACUGUGCUUACACAGCAGAUGCUACCCAGCUAGCGUCAGUUGCUUAAUGCUUGUCCAUUUUCCUGGGCUUUGUAUAUGUACAAGUCAGCCAUUGCAACGAUGUUAUCGUAAGUUUUGCAAAACAUCGUCUUAAAGUGCAAAGCAGUCCUGGGUGUGGUCGAACUCCUUUCGACCUCUGCUGUUGCGAUCCGCAAUGCUUAAAUGUAAACCAGCUUGCCUGCUUUCAAUGGAGCCAUGGAAUAUAAUAUGCAUUUUGUUAUGUCCCUCAUAGAAUCGAGUAGCACCCAAAUUUCAAAACAGUUAUGAUAGUCAACAUUCCCAAAGAAACCGAUGACUAAUCUGAUCUUUUAAAACUCACAAAUAUGCAAAUAUAAAGUAACAUAGUUUGUAAGUAUGUCCCAAAAAUUUAAAAGAAAAUAUGUUAAGUCCAUAGAUGCGCAAAGUGCAAAAGUGCAAAAUUUCGUAUCUACUCUGUUCGUCAUCGAUCAAAAAAUCCGAUUGUAACAUUUGAUUCAUAAUCAGUGCUUUGACGAAAUGUAAACACAACAUACAGUAGGUGGGUCGACUCCCGAAAUGUCAACCGAAAUUCCGAAAUGCGUUUUCGUUCCGAAAAGAUUACUCAAACAAGCUUGUAAAACUAAUCAUCCUUUAGCAUAAGUCUAUACUAAUCCAAUUACAUCAGGAUGUCGGCUUUCGAAUAAAAUUCUUUGCGGUUGCAUCAAAGAGCCAUCCCCUGUAAAAAAAAUCACUACUUAACUAGCAUGCACGU